CAGUUUUCAUAUUGAUGCUAUCUGCUAUUAAGACAAUAUUAUUUUUCCUUAAAUUAAAAAACAAAUUAAAUCCCGACUAUGGCGCUGUUUGUGACGGCGUGCGAGUGAUAUGUUUUUAUUUCAUAUUUAAAAGAAUUCUUCGUAAAGGACAUCUAAAAUUAGUUUCAAAAAUGCCUCUUUUUGGCAGCAAGUUCUCCCCCAAAAAGACAACUCCACGAAAAUCACCAUCUCUCUCUAACCUUACUCAGAGUUUAGACCCUGGUCAUACUCAAGAGGAACUGGGUCUUAACUAUGGACCAAUUAAGCUACGCCUUGGAAAUCAACAAGCUAAAUUUGAAAAUGGACAAUGGGUUACAGAACCAAAAAAUGCGAGUGUGUCGUCCAAAGAAAUAGAGGAAUUAAAACAAGAAAACAAACGUUUGAUCGAAGAAAAUAAUUUCCUGAAGUACAAGUUAGAGAUUAUGUUAGAUUUGCUUACUGAGAAAACGCUUGAUUUUUAUCUCCAGGAGGAAGAAGUAGAACAGUUAAAGACAAAAAAUUUUGGAAGAAGUAAAAGUUAAUGUUCAUUGAGUCACACUAGAAUGUUAUUCUUGUAUUUCAGUUUAUGAUAAGUAAUUGUUUUACAUGUAAAUCUUUUUUGUAUGAAUUAUAAGCUAUUUAAAAUCUGAAGAUGAUAAAUAUGGCAUAUUUAUAAUAUCACUGUAAUUGUUAAAAGAAGUAUUUAAAAAAAUAUAAAGAACUUGA